GUCGUGCUGCACCAGCAGUGCUAACUAGCGCAGCCGCAGCUAGCUUCGCCGGGUCUUGCUGACAAUUUUUUCACCUUGUAACUUUCCCACUUUAAACCUUUAUUGAAGUCAUUUGCUGGCCAGCUGAAUGACACUGAUUGCGCCAUACAUGUCCGAGCAUCUGCUUUAUUUUGCUGCAGCUGAAGCGCUUAAAAUGACAGAAGGGCUGUGCAUGGUGUGACAGCAGCUCCCGCAAAGCCAUGGAGAAGCCCAGGAGGCUUUGGGGGGUCGCGGAGCGGUGCACGCUGGCUCUGGCCUCCUGGUCCUGGGGUACCUGCCGAAUCUCCCUGCUGGCCCUGAUCCUCACCUUCCAUCUGUACGGGGGAUUAUUUCUCCUUGCCCUCAUCUUGGCCUCUGUAGCGGGCAUCCUCUACAAAUUCCAAGAUGUGCUCCUCUACUUCCCGGACCAGCCCUCUUCAUCUCGCCUUUAUGUUCCUAUGCCGACGGGAAUCCCUCACGAGAAUGUAUACAUUCGCACCAAGGAUAAUGUCAAGCUCAACGUGAUCCUUCUUCGCUACACAGGAGGGGAUGCUCCUUCAGGAAUCACCCCUGCCAAUCAAAGCAGCCCCACCUCCUCUUGUCCACCCACUAUAAUUUAUUUCCAUGGUAAUGCAGGGAAUAUUGGGCACAGGGUGCCAAACGCCCUGCUGAUGCUGGUCAACCUGAAAGCCAACGUGUUACUGGUGGACUACCGUGGCUACGGGAAGAGCGAGGGCGAGCCCAGCGAGAACGGACUCUACCUGGAUGCAGAGGCCACACUGGACUACGUUAUGACCCGUCCUGAUCUGGACAAGACAAAGGUGGUGCUAUUUGGGCGCUCACUGGGCGGCGCUGUGGCCGUACGCUUGGCCUCGGCUAACCCUCACCGCGUAGCGGCCAUUAUUGUUGAGAACACCUUCCUAAGUAUUCCCCACAUGGCAGCGACCCUCUUCUCCUUCUUGCCCAUGCGCCUGCUGCCCCUGUGGUGCUACAAGAAUCAGUUCCUCUCCUACCGGCAGGUGGCGCUGUGCCGCAUGCCAUCUUUGUUUGUGUCGGGCCUGUCGGACCAGCUCAUCCCGCCGGUCAUGAUGAAACAACUGUACGAGCUAUCUCCUGCACGGACUAAGCGGCUGGCCAUCUUUCCAGAGGGCACGCACAACGACACGUGGCAGUGUCAGGGCUACUUCGCUGCACUGGAGCAGUUCAUGAAAGACCUGUUGAAGAGCCACAGCCACGAGGAGAGCACUCAGCCUUCCACCAGCGUCACCAUUAUCUGAACAAGGAGUCGCAGACUCCUGAUUU